UUUUUCCCUUCAGCAUUCAAAGCUGUUUUUACAAAUCUCAAUGCCACCGGAAGACGUGGUCCAACAUCGCUGGGCAGUCACUACACAGGUCAGGAUCAUGACGGACAAGUUACACUGAUCAGCGGUAUUCAACAGUGGACUGUACCGUACACUGGUGACUACAGAAUAGAGGCAAUAGGAGCGGCAGGAGGGUAUGAUAAACACUCUAGCAGUGCUCAGUACCGAGGAAGAGGAGCAAGAAUGAUUGGAACAUUUCGCUUAAACAAGGGCGAAGUCAUCCAGAUAAUUGUAGGUCAAGAAGGAGGAAUAAACAAGCAGUAUUCUUCUUCCGGCGGUGGUGGAGGUACAUUUGUAGUGAGAGGAACUGACACACCUUUGAUAAUAGGUGGAGGCGGGGGAGGCGCACUAGCUGUUAAGUCAAGACAUGAGGGAUGCGACGCCAGUACAAACACAACAGGGAAUCCUGGAUACAAUUCAUGGUCAGGGGGGAGCAAUGGACAUGGUGCAGAGACUGCUGAUAGUGGCAACUCAGGUAAGAUAAUACUGUGUUGAUGCCUAACCCCUUAGCUCCUCAUUAAUUAAUUAUACUUCAAAUUUAGAUAAUCGGCCCUAGUCCCCCCCCCAAAAAAAAACAAAACAAAACAAAAAAACAAACACUGAGACUACCUAGGAUGAGGACCAGUUUAUAUAUUUAGAGAUAACAUGUAUAGACACAUGUAAGCGCAGUAACGGAUGGUGCCUCAAUAGAAAUAUAUCCUACACAGGUUUGACCACGCUGAUAUGGGUACAUUUGGGAUUAAAACAAAAAACAAAAAACAAAACAAAACAAAAAAAAGAAAGAAAAGACUAAGACCUUACUCAUCAUUUGUUUUUGUUUUGUUUUGUUUGUUUUUUCCUCAGGUGGUGGUGGUGGCGGGUUUUACUCCAGUGGAAGAAGUGGAAAGAAUUUCAAUGGAACCAAGGGAAACGGCGGAGAAGGUGGUAAGGGAUUUCUUCAGGGAGGCGAGGGUGGGAGAUCACUGCAUCACAAUGUUGUUGGUGGGUUUGGUGGAGGAGGUGGAGCUCUGGGAAUGGGGGCAGGGGGAGGAGGAGGAGGAGGAGGAGGGUACUCUGGGGGAAGCAGUGGAGAUGGUCAUCGUGAUUCCUGUGGGGGUGGGGGUGGCUCUUACAACGAUGGAAACAACCGGGACAAUGCGUGUUGUUAUGGUACGGCUGGUCAUGGUCAGGUGACUAUCACAUUACUCUGA